UUGGCUGCGCUGCUCCACGUGGUGCCAGGCAGGCGGCGGCGGUUGCCGGGGCGACGGCUGGACGAGGGGCGACCGGGCAGGGUAGGUGCAUGUUCCCGCGUCAGAGCAGCAGAGACUUUUGCUGUGAGAAUUAACAGUAACGGUUCAAUAUGGGGGACAUUCUGGCUCAUGAAUCAGAAUUACUUGGACUAGUGAAAGAGUAUUUAGAUUUUGCCGAAUUUGAAGACACCUUGAAAACAUUUUCAAAAGAAUGCAAAAUAAAAGGAAAACCGUUAUCUAAACCAGCAUGUGGCUCUUUAAGGGACUCCAAAUCAUCGAUAAUCCAGAAGGACCUCCUUGCUGCGUUUGACAGUGGAGACCAGAAGGUGUUCUUCGAUUUGUGGGAGGGGCACAUUCCCAGUUCCAUCCGGGCUGGCGACUCCCUCGCCCAGAAGUUGGAAUUCUACCUACACAUCCAUUUUGCCAUCUAUCUUCUGAAACACUCCACAGGGAGACCUGACAAAGAGGAACUGGAUGAAAGGAUUUCUUAUUUCAAAACCUACCUGGAGACCAAAGGGGCAGCGCUGAGCCAGACCACGGAGUUCCUCCCUUUCUAUGCCCUGCCUUUUGUUCCCAAUCCCAUGGUCCACCCCUCAUUUAAAGAGCUUUUCCAGGAUCCUUGGACUCCAGAAUUAAAGUUGAAGUUGGAAAGGUUUCUGGGUUUAAUUUUUAAAGCCAGUAACACGCCGAAGCUUUUAACAUUAUAUAAGGAGAAUGGACAAAGCAACAAAGAAGUGUUGCAGCAACUCCACCAGCAGCUGGUAGAAGCUGAGCGUAGGUCAAUGACGUACUUGAAACGGUACAAUAAGAUCCAGGCGGACUACCACAAUCUCAUCGGAGUCACGGCAGAGCUGGUGGAUUCUCUGGAGGCCACAGUCAGUGGCAAGAUGAUCACCCCCGAGUACCUGCAGAGCGUCUGCGUCCGCCUCUUCAGCAACCAGAUGCGGCAGAGCCUGGCGCGCAGCGUGGACUUCACGAGGCCCGGCACGGCUUCAACCAUGUUAAGAGCCUCCUUGGCACCCGUGAAACUGAAGGAUGUCCCCUUACUGCCCUCCUUGGAUUAUGAGAAACUGAAGAAGGAUUUGAUUUUGGGGAGUGACCGCUUGAAAGCCUUUUUGUUGCAGGCUCUGCGCUGGCGCUUGACCACAUCGCACCCUGGAGAGCAGAGGGAGACCGUUCUGCAGGCCUACAUCAGCAACGACCUCUUGGACUGUCACAGCCAUAGCCAGAGGAGUGUGCUGCAGCUGCUGCACUCGAAGAGCGAGGUGGUACGGCAGUACAUGGCCAGGCUCGUCAACGCUUUUGCAUCCCUGGCAGAAGGUCGCCGCUACCUUGCCCAGAACACAAAGGUGCUGCGGAUGCUGGAAGAAAGGCUGAAGGAGGAAGACAAGGACGUCAUCACUCGGGAGAACGUUCUCGGGGCCUUGCAGAAGUUCAGCCUCAGGCUGUUUCAUCCUAGGCGCCCACUGCAGACAGCGAUGAUUCAAGAUGGCCUCAUCUUCUGGCUGAUUGACGUCUUGGAGGAGCCUGACUGCCUGUCAGACUACACGCUCGAGUACUCGGUGGCCCUGCUCAUGAACCUCUGCCUCCGGAGCACAGGGAAGAACAUGUGUGCCAAGGUGGCGGGCCUCGUGCUGAAAGUUCUUUCGGAUUUGCUCGGCCAUGAAAACCGCGAGAUACAGCCAUAUGUGAAUGGAGCUCUGUACAGCAUCCUUUCUAUUCCAUCCAUUCGUGAAGAAGCAAGAGCAAUGGGAAUGGAAGACAUCCUUUGCUGCUUCAUCAAAGAAGGCAAUGCUGAAAUGAUCCGCCAGAUUGAAUUUAUCAUCAAGCAGCUUCAUUCAGAAGAGCUACUGGACGGUGUUCUUGAAUCUGAUGAUGACGAAGACGAAGAUGAUGAAGAGGACCAUGACACUAUGGAAGCCGAUCUGGACAAAGAUGAACUGAUCCAGCCCCAGCUUGGAGAGCUCUCAGGCGAGAAGCUGCUGACCACGGAGUACUUGGGAAUCAUGACCAACACGGGGAAGGUGAGGCGGAAGGGGGCGGCCGGCGUGCAGUGGGGCGGCCCUGAGCCCCUGUGCCGGCCCAUCACUCCCGGCGGCCACAGGACCGGGUACCCAGCGCUGGAAGACCAUCCCAUCUCUCCCCAGAUGGCCAAACAUGCCAGAAACAGCUGCCUCCCGUCUCUGCCAAAUGCCCACCGUCCAGUCUGCAAGGGGGUCAUGCCUGGUCCUGAGCCUUGCACUUCCUCCUCAUCCACCAUCGAUGCCAAGUCGGGAGAGCGGUUGCCAGCAGGAUGUCAGGGAGAGCCUCACCUGCCCCCAGCGGGGGGCCUGAGCCAGCCUAGGGAGGUGCCCUGUGCCCUGGACAGUGGCGAGACCACCAGGGAGUUUACACCAGGCUUCGCCUACAAGCCCCGGGCCCCCUGCAGCCCGGAGAUCCUGGACCUGAACCCACCCAAGGCCAAGGCAUCGGCUCUGGCCCCUCAUUUCUCCUCGUGUGGCCCACAGCAGGCCAGCCGCCCCGGCUCCACGGCGUCCGCCACAAGGAGCCUGCAAAGACCAGGGCCCUAGCCGGUCGCUUCCUCUGCCCCAGGGACCGGUUCUUCACUCAUCUUUCUGUUUAUGAAAUUGCCCUUGGCCUCAGCGGCUCAUACACAGACAGGUGGAAUGACACCUUCCAGGCAGUGCCACUCGGAGACAAGAUCCCCCUGCGUGGGGCUUGCAGGUCAACCCUGAAAUCCGAACCGGCCUUCUGGUGGGAAGCAGCCAGCAGCAGCUCAGGGCGGCCUCGAAAUCAGACAGAAGCAGGUGCUUCCUCGCAGGCUGGGCGGAGGGGUCGCCCGAGGGACCGAGUGGGGUGUCCAAGGGCCCCCCUCUGUCCCUGGGGUCCCCCUCCCGCCCUUUUACUAGCGGUAAAGACCGCUUCUCUGUCCCCUGCCCGUCGGCUACUUGACCACACCCCUCCACUCCCCAGCUGAGCCCGUAACUUUCUAAAGGGUUUACUAAAAAUAAGGGAAAACAAAAGAGAAACCGAACAAAAGAACGUCCAGCGGCACAGAAUCAGUCACUCUCAGGAUGUAUGCAGGCCUGCGGCCGGCCCCUUCCCUUCCUGGCGCGGCCCUGGGCGCUCUGGCCAGCCGGGGAGCCGUUGGGCUGGGAGCGUGUAAAUGGGCCGAGGCUGGGAAGCCCGCGGGGCCCUCCCCCUUCUUGCAGCGCCCCUCUGCUGGGAAACACACGCGGGGCCCCAGCCCGGCCUCCCCACCGCGGUGCUUCCGCACACAGGUCCGGAGGAAAUGCCGGCGAGUACGGGGGGGCGGGGUGGGGGGCGGCCAGGAGAGGGGCAGGCAGGCCGCCCAUCCCUGCCCGGCCUCCGGGCUGCAGCAGGCCGGGCGCCCCUGCUCUCGUAACCACGGUGGCAGCACCCGGCCGCGGACGGGCUGGCUGGCGCAUGGGGUGGGUAGCAGCAGAUACGCGUCCCACGGCCUCAACAGACACAGGCGCGCGGCCGGCGGAGCUCACUGAGUCCCCGCACCGGGCAGCCUGCUUCCUGUAAGGAACGAGCGUGGCCGCCCGACUCAGGCCCUGGCCGCAGAGCAGGUGACCCGGGAGGGAAGGUUCUCCUGUUGAAAGGAGGGCUUGUGUGGGACAGACGGGGCUCUGUGCUGAGACCGGCCUGGCGCUGGCAGCUUGCCUAGAUUUUCUUCUCCAGGCGGCCAGUCUUCCAGGAAGUGAGGCUGGGUUCUUCCCCGGUGUCACCAUCCCGUUGCCCAGUGACCAGCCAACUUCCUGCCCUCAGCCAGCC